AUGGACGUGGCUCACCGCUGGAAGCUGCUCGUGGCCACCUACGACGCCGCCACCAUCGACGUCGUCGGCAGCCUCGUCGUCCAGGCCGUCUUCUGGUGGCUCCCCUGCCUCGUCUUCGUCUCGCUCGACCGGCUGGCCCCGGCCUUUUCGGCGCGCCACAAGAUCCAGCCGGCGCCCAAGCAGCCGACGGCGGCCGACGUGUGGCGCGCCGUCGCCGUCUCGCUGCGGAACCAGGUGCUCGUCACCGCCAUGCACGCCGCCCUGGCCCGGUCCGCGGCGGCGGCCGGCGGCGGCGGGGCGCGGAUCCGGGUCGAGGCGGCGCUCCCGGCGGCGGGCGAGGUCGUCGGCCACCUGGCGCUGUGCGUGGCGGCGCGCGAGGUGCUCUUCUACUACUCGCACCGGCUGCUCCACGCGCGCCCGCUGUACCGGCGCAUCCACAAGACGCACCACCGCUUCACGGCGCCCGUGGCCUUUGCGUCGCAGUACGCCCACCCGGUCGAGCACGUCGUCGCCAACGCGCUGCCCAUUGCGCUGCCGCCCCUCGCCCUGCGCUCCCACGUCGUCGUCAUGUGGGCCUUUGUCGCCUGGCAGCUGCUCGAGACGGCCACGGUGCACAGCGGCUACGACUUCUUUGCCGGCGCCGCGAGGAAGCACGACCGCCACCACGAGCGCUUCGACGUUUACUUUGGCGGCGUCGGCGUCUUGGACUGGCUCCACGGCACGGAUGAGGGCAGGGCCGUCAAGGCCGAGUGA